UACACCAUUCCACACGUUGCUGCGCGACUGGUCGGCCUGGAAUGCAGACGCUCUCUCCUCGAGUGGUUUUGAAGGAAGGCUUUCUCGUCAAGAAGGGUCACGUGCGACACAACUGGAGAACGCGGUGGUUCGUCCUCUGUCCCGACGUCUUGACGUACUACCGACAGAAGAACGAUGCAACUCCUGCUGGUGAGAUCAAUCUGGGAGGAUGUGCUCUUGUCUGUCCAGUACCUGACUACACAAAACGUCCAAAUGUCAUUCGACUGACGACUGUCAACGGCACUGAGUUCUUACUGCAAGCUCCAGACACUGAGACUCGAGAUAGUUGGGCUGAGGUGAUCGGUGAUACGAUACGACAGCUGGAGCAAGACAAAACGAUUGCGAAUCCAAUGGUUGCUGAAUGUGACAUUUGUUCAACUCCUAGGCCAUUGCUUGAUGCUCAUAAUAGUGAACUGAUAGCCGCCAUGCAAGACCCUGAUGCCGGCGUUCCACUCGGCGAGCACAAGAAUCGACUGAAAACAUACAAAGACUGUUUUGCUGGUUGUGAGUUAAUUGAGUGGUUGUUGUCGUGGUCGUUUGUCACAUUGAGGGAGGAAGGAUGUCAAUUAGCAAACAGUCUGUUGAACGAAGCGUAUCUUCAGCCGGUGGGAGGGUUGAGUAAAGAGUCGUUCAAGAAGCAUUCGCAUUCGAAGAAGUUGGCAUUUGUGGAUGGCGUAGCAGCUUUGUAUAGAUUUUCUGCUCUCACACCAUCCAAACCAGUAGAACAGUGUUUCAGUACAUUGUCAAGAGAUGCAGAUUUGACCAGUUCAGAGACAGACUCGAGUUCUGAAUGUGGCAGACACAGUGUGGCACUUCAACAGCCGAUGGGUCAAUCAGGUGGGAAAAUUGGGAAAAUAACAAGGCAAGGAUUCUUAAUGAAAAAGGGACAUCGGAGACAUAACUGGAAAGCGAGAAAGUUUGUAUUGCACAAGGGUGCAAGUGGUUUGCUGUAUUAUCGAGGAUCUAAGGAGGAAGAGCCACUGGGUUCAAUUCUUCUUGAGGGCUGCACCGUGGAAGAAGUGGAACAGAAAGAAGGGCUUCCUGCACUCAGUAAAUCACGUCGUGAUCAUCUAUUUAUCAUCCGUACUGCUACUGGUGUCGUCUACCUUCUUCAAGCAUCAACAAGAGAAGAAAUGCAGUCGUGGAUCGCUGCCAUCAGAGUCGCCAGUUAACAGUUUUAUAGUACACAAAACACAACCAACACCUUGAAUUAGUAGAGAAUCAAUGAUAGUUUUGUUAUACAUUGUGAUACUGUUUGUAGCAUUUGUACCACGGAUUGACAUAUAUGCUUGUCUCACACAGAACUGUAGGUGUUGUGUACUGAAAGUCAGUAGCUCUAGCCUAUUGACUGGAUAUAAAUGCAACUGUACAAAACUAGUUGAUAGAUAUUGAAUUUGUUACAUAAAAAGGUUGAUUAUUAUUU